AUGGAGGAGGCCUCUUCCUCUUCCUCUUCCUCGUGUGCAUCUCCUCGGGCGGUGCCUUGGAUGCAGAUCGCCGUCCGGGGGGUUCCGCUUUCCGCGAGCGAUGACGACCUCAAGAACCACUUCCGGCGGUAUGGCCAGGUACUGGCGGUGUUGGAGGAUGAGCAAGAGAUGCCGCAGGAUUCAGACGGCAAGCAAGCAUGCAUUUUCUUCGCCGAUUCAGCCUCCGCGAACCAAGCCUCAGCUAGCCGGGAGAAGAACAACCACAUCAUCCUCGGAAAACUGGUUGAGGUAAGUAGGUUUAGCAUUUGGCUUCAACACAGGAGGAUCAAGGUAUAUAAUUUGCCGCCCGGUACGACGAGCAGCCAAUUUAGAGCUUAUUUUGAGGAAUUUGGCACGGUGACGGAAGCAGUCGUUGGGCCCGACGGUUCGGGCUAUGUUGUCUUCAAAUGGGACGAAUCGCUGCGGAAAGUGUUGAAGAAGAAGUUACAUCUUUUCUACGGCACGGAGCUGAAGGCUAGGAGAGAAUCUUGGGGGUCUGAAGCUUUUCUGGUCGCAAAUGCAGCUCAGCAUGAGUCGACCAGCAGCGCUACUCCGUGUGCCCAUGGUGUUGCAUAUACACCAACAAGGCCAGCGUAUACUGAUUCGACGUGUAUUGCUACUACUCCGUAUGAUGCUCUUUAUACGCCUUCCUACAAUCGGCCAACAACUGUUGUUCCGCAUGCAUACAGUGCUCCUACCCCUCCAUUCGGUACUCCUUAUGAGUCUUCCUCCGACAAUCGGCCAAUAAGUGUUACUACAUAUGCGUAUGGUGCACCUUCUAUUAGUCCAUACGGUGUUCCUGCUACAUCUUUCUACAAUUCGUCGACAACUGCGACUCCACAUGUAUCCAGUGCUCCUACUCCUUCAUUCGGUACUCCUUAUACGCCUUCCGACAAUCGGCCAAUAAGUAUUACUUCAUAUGCGCAUGGUGCUCCUUCUAUUAGUCCAUACGGUGUUCCUUCUACAUCUUUCUAUAAUUCGUCGACAACUGCGACUCCGCAUGGAUCCAGUACUCCUACUCCUCCAUUCGGUACUCCUUAUACGCCUUCCGACAAUCGGCCAAUAAGUGUUACUACAUAUGCGCAUGGUGCUCCUUCUAUUAGUCCAUACGGUGUUCCUUCUACAUCUUUCUAUAAUUCGUCGACAACUGCGACUCCACAUGGAUCCAGUGCUCCUACUCUUUCAUUCGGUACUCCUUAUACGUCUUCCGACAAUCGGCCAAUAAGUGUUACUACAUAUGCAUAUGGUGCUCCUUCUAUUAGUCUGUACAGUGUUCCUGCUACAUCUCUCUAUAAUUGGUCGACAACUACAACUCCACAUGUAUCCAGUAUAGCACCUGUUAAGUUGAUGUAG